AUGGCCCAUGGCCACUCGGGCUUGGAGCUGGAGCCCAUGCAGGUGUCGUGGUGUGGUCAGCACUCCGCCGUGACAGUGGCCCCCAUGAGCAACAUCCAUGGGCGAGCCCCUGCCCUUGGGUUUGCUCUUCAACUAUGCAUGUCUGGCCUGGCUUCUUUCAGGCUACUGGAACAACGAAGAGAAGUUGUGGCAACUCCUGAUGCACCCCGGGAGGACUCCAGAAUGAAACAAUUGGCCAGCUGCCUGCCAAGCGACUACCUGCCCCAUGAUUGCGUCCGUACCUUAACCAUACCAGCACCAUCCAGCUGCACCUCCCACUGCAUCACCACUCCUCACCUUGACUGUGGUCAUCGCAAAAUGAGUGCAAAAUUCGAGACCGCUGGCCCGUCAGGUGUCACUCGUGGUGGAGGUGAAAAGGCGUCGACAGCCCACCACAGCCAAGGCACGACCUCGUCCGGCCUUUCCACCACCAAAGUCUUCAUCCGGGAUGACGGAGAUGCCUACCUGCUGAUCCAAGAACUCAAAGAUGGCAAAAGGCCUAGAGCAGCCGAGCAGGUGCUUCACCUCAUCCACGGCAACGAUGAUCGGUUCACACCUGACUCACUCUUCACCUCGGCCGAGGCCGGCAGUGACAGCUUCGUCGGAGAUUGGUACAGCCUCAUCCUCACCGCAGCCAAGUGCGAAUGCAUGUAUCUUCUGCAGCCUUUCGCACGCCGCCUAGUCGAUGCACUGGGACGGCCCAGGCCGCGCCGCCGCCGACAACUGCUCAUGCUCGCCAGCAUCUACUUCAAACUGGGCCGCCAGGCCCACUACGAAGAAGUCGUCACGCUCCGGAUAUUGGGCACGCCGAGGCCAGAGAAAGGGACCGAGGACCCUGAGCGCGACCUUGAUCGCACGACUCGUCUGGGUCUCCAGGAUAUGGUCUUUGACCAACGCGACAAGCUCAUGGAGCGCCUUCUGAGCCCGGUCUUUAACCGAUUCGGACGCUUUCAUGAGCCCAGCCGUAAGAACAGGGGCAUUCUCUGCCCUGUAGGCGGAGACACUCAAGCAUGCCAGGACCGCAUGCAUGGCGCGCUACGCCGUGAGCUUCAAAGAGUCGGACUGCCACAAGUCAUGAGCCCUGUCAACCUCCGUUUCAGCCCACGCUUCUUGCACGAGAGGCUAUCGCAAGUCAACACCGUACCUGAGACCGAGCGUGCCACCGCUCAUGCCAAGUGCGGCUUGGACUACGCGGAAAAAUUCGUCAAGAGGCACAACCUGGAGCCGGGCGUGGUGCGGGUUACCGACAAGCUGUUCCGAUACCAAGCGUCCGCUGGCGAGAAGAAGGUCAUGGCAAUAAUGGCGGACAAGAUGAAGCCUUGGGCGUACCGUCCACACGAGCCAGCGGCCUGGGAGUCCCUGUAUGGCCAGCACCUCGAGGUCUCUCUGAGCAUGGAUCCGCUAGAAGAGUAUGGCCUCUAUCCCAGCUUCUUCUUCAGAUAUGCAGACAUCCCAGACUCGCCUAUGUACCAAUUCGACAGAUAUGGCGGUAUCACGGAGGAGCGCAACCUGCGGUUCGAGGCUUCGUGGCGGAUGAGGAUCGGUUCCAAGUACUCGGAGGACUGCCUCUUUUCUGGCUCCGAGAUUGAAGCCCUGCUGGCACGCCUUGCCUCUGAACGCGAACAGGUCGUUCUCGCCUGGGCGGCGCGCCGCAAUGGCUCCCAGACCCCAGUACGCCUCACUGAUCAGACUUCGGGGCAUGGUUUCACGCUUGCUUGCCUGUGA